AUGGGAGACAUUUCUGCCCUAUAUGCUCCUGAUGCAGGGGCUCGCAGCGAGCCUGUUUUUGACGUUGAGCAGGUGCUGAAAGAGCUGACUACCUUGGAAAAGAUAGAUCUCUUGGCUGGCGUCGAUUUCUGGCACACAAAGGCCAUUCCUCGACUCAAUAUCCCCUCGAUUCGAAUGUCCGAUGGCCCCAAUGGCGUCCGUGGUACUCGCUUCUUCAACGGAGUGCCCGCCGCCUGCUUCCCCUGCGGAACUGGCUUAGCAGCGACUUGGAACACAGACUUACUACACGAGGCUGGCUCUCUGAUGGGAACCGAGGCCAGGGCCAAAGGUGUUCAUGUUCUGCUGGGUCCGACGGUUAAUAUGCAGCGAAGUCCCCUCGGUGGGAGAGCGUUUGAGUCCUUCUCUGAAGAUCCUGUUCUCGCAGGCCACUGCGCUGCGUCCAUCGUGGGGGGCAUCCAAGAAACAGGUGUCAUAGCUUCUAUCAAGCACUUUGUCGCCAAUGACCAGGAGCAUGAGCGUAUGGCCGUUGACUCUCUGGUUACAGAAAGGGCUUUGCGAGAGAUCUAUAUGCUCCCUUUCCAGAUAGCCGUCAGAGAUGCCAACCCAGGCUCUUUCAUGACGUCCUACAACAAGGUAAAUGGCACUCAUGUGAGUGACAACCGGGACAUGAUUGAAAAGGUCGUUAGGGGUGAAUGGGGCUGGCAAGGCCUCGUCACCAGUGACUGGUAUGGAACCUACUCAACUGUUAAAUCCCUCGAGGCCGGCCUCGACAUUGAAAUGCCAGGUCCUACGCGCUGGCGAGGACAGAUGCUCCUUCAUGCCUUGAUGUCGAGAAAGAUCGACGCUGAGACUGUCAAUGAGCGCGUGAGGCAGGUCUUGAAGCUGGUUAGACGAGCUAUCCUGACCGAGAUCCCCUCCAAUGCUCCCGAAGAACCUCGGAACAUCCCAGAGACAGCUGCCCUGCUGAGAAAGAUCGCUGGCGAAUCGAUUGUGCUAUUAAAAAACGAGAAAAACGCAUUACCUUUCAAGAAGGACAGGACGGUUGCCGUAAUUGGUCCCAAUGCAAAGACUGCAGUCUACUGCGGCGGCGGAUCUGCCACACUUCGACCAUACUACGCCGUUUCGCCCUUUGAAGGCAUCACCGACAAGGCCAAAGACAUUAGAUACUCUGUUGGGUGUCAUGCCCAUAAGAUGCUCCCGCUCCUUGGUCCACGAUUGCGAACUGUCGACGGCAAACGUGGCGUAUUAUUCCGUGCCUUUACAUUCCCGGAUAGCGACCAGACCCGAGAGCCUGUCGAUGAGAUCCUACUCGACAGUACCGACAUGUACUUUGCCGACUAUUAUCAUCCCAGCAUUACCGAAGAUCUUUGGUACGGUGAGAUCGAGGCCGUUUUUGAAGCCGAUGAGACUUGUGACUUCGAAUUCGGGCUGUGUGUAUUUGGCACCGCCAGACUUUAUGUCGAUGGAGAGCUUCUCAUUGACAACGAGACGGUGCAACGCCCUGGUGGGAGCUUCUUCAAUGUUGGUACCGUGGAAGAGACUGGUAUCAAGAAGGUGACGGCAGGGAAAAGAUACAUGGUCAAGGUGGUUUUUGCGAGCGGGGCGGCUUCCAAGCUUGGGGACAAUGAAGGCGUGGUCUCUUACGGAAGCGGCGGCUUGAGGAUAGGUGGCACCAAGGUCAUCGAUGCUGACCAAGAGAUUGCAAACGCAGUUGAGAUGGCCAAGAGUGUCGACCAAGUCGUCCUCUACGUUGGACUCAACUCCGACUUUGAACAGGAGGGCCACGAUCGCUUACACAUGGACUUGCCUGGCCGUACCGAUGAGUUAGUUUCAGCAGUGGCAAAGGCCAACCCUCGAACCGUCGUGGUUGUUCAAUCUGGUUCUCCAGUCACUAUGCCCUGGGCUAGUGAGGUUGCCGCUGUGGUACAAGCGUGGUACGGCGGCAAUGAGACCGGCAAUGCUAUCGCCGAUGUUCUCUUUGGUGAUAUCAACCCCUCUGGAAAACUGCCGUUAUCGUUCCCGGUACGAGUGGAGGAUAACCCGGCCUUCCUGAACUACCGAUCCGAACACGGCCGAGUUCUCUACGGAGAGGACGUCUACGUUGGUUAUCGCUACUACGAGACCAUCAAGCGGCCUACUCUUUGGUCUUUUGGAUCUGGUCUAUCGUACACCACCUUCUCCCUGUCGAAUCUUGACGUACAGCAGCGACGCAGUGGGCACCAAGAGCUUCUUGUGGUUGGUGUGACGUUGGAAAAUACUGGCACAGUCGACGGUGCAGAGGUGAUUCAGGUGUACAUCUCCCAAAGAUCGCCUUCCAUUAAGCGCCCCGUCAAAGAGCUAAAAGGUUUCGCCAAGGUCUCGAUCAAGGCGGGUGAGUCAACAGUGGCGCAUGUGUCUAUCGACAGGAAGUAUGCCACGAGCCAUUGGGAUGAGACCCGACACAAAUGGGUGGAGGAAAGUGGAAUUUACGAUGUUUUGGUUGGUACUUCCAGUUCGUAUACCCCUUUAAAGGGCAAGUUCAGUGUUAGCGAUAUAACGUGGUGGUCGGGUUUGUAA